GGAGCUGUCAAAAACAAGUCAUUAAUUUUCUUACUGAAAAAGAUUAACGCAGUACCAUGUCAACUCCGAAGCCAAAAAAUAUGGAUACCCCCGAAGGGAAAAGGACCAAAGGCCAAGGACCAAACGGUGUGAAAGGAUGCUGUUGCAAGAGGUCGCAGUGCAUUAAAAACUACUGCGAUUGCUACCAGUCCAUGGCGAUUUGCACCAAAUUUUGUCGAUGCGUUGGUUGCAGGAACACGGAGGUUCGCAAGGUCGUGGACUCCGACUCUGGGGCCAAGAAUUCCAGUGCCGUGAAACGGCAAAAGGCAGCUGCCAUGAGUGCAAAGGCAGCAGCUGCGGCUGCCAAGGCGGGCAUUAAUGUCCAGAUGAAGGGGCUCCAGGCAGGCGGACCGGGAGUAGGGCUACCCGGAAAAGCCCCGGCUACGCCCAAACCCCUUGGCUUUGUAGCAGGUCAACCACCAAUGCCGGUUUCUAUUAACAUAAUCGCUGCUCGUCCCCCAACUAGUGGCUCCGCUCCAGUCAGAAUAACAAAACCGCCGGUGGAGCAGCUGCCAGUUGCUCCAGUAAUUCCGUUGCGGCAAGAUGAUCGCAGAGAGCGGAACCUCUUCGUCCAGCCGGUCAACGCCUCUCUGCUGGAAUGCAUUCUCAUCCAGGCCACUGAAGCCGAGCAGUUGGGACUCAGCGAACUCCAAGUGGGUCAGUUGGUGCUUGCGGAAUUCAUCCGCGGCUACAAGGGUAUCUUGGAAAAAAUCUGCGAAUAUAAUAAAGAUUUUUAUUGAAUGUUUAAGUAAAUGAACAAAAUCUAUCUAACAAAUGGGA